CUCGCCUUCAACUUGUAUUAAACCCAAUAAACUCUAUCUACAACCGCUUCGAUAUUGCUGGUUGAAUCUCCAAGGUCUCAACAAUUUCCAACUAUGUGGAACCCGGCCCAGCAAGUCCUGGGGUUCCCAGGACCCCAGAAGAUCCUCAAGACGUUGGGUACCUGGUGGAUCUCGUCGGCUACAGAUGAAAAGAAGCCGACCUUCGGAGCUUCUACGUCUUGUCCCCUCUCUGAAGUCAGCUGUCAAACAAAGUAUCAUGGCCAGGAUACCUGUUGUUUUAAUUACCCGGGUGGACAGAUGCUGCAGACGCAGUUCUGGGAUGCGGACCCCGCGGUUGGUCCCGAUGACUCUUGGACUAUCCACGGCUUGUGGCCUGAUCAUUGCACCGGUGGUUUUGAUCAAUUCUGUGAUUCCAAGCGGAGAUAUAGCAACAUUUCGCUGAUUCUAGUCGACUCUGGCCGCGGAGAUUUGCUCGAGUACAUGACCGAGUACUGGAAGGACUACCGCGGCGAUGAUGCUCACCUAUGGCAACAUGAAUGGGAAAAGCACGGGACAUGUGUCAGCACCCUGGAGACGCACUGCUACGAGGACUAUAUCCCCCAACAGGAGGUAGUAGACUAUUUCGACAAAUCCGUCGAGCUCUUCAAGGAGGUCCCUUCAUACGAGUUCCUUGCAGCGGCUGGGAUUCUUCCAUCCCACAGCCAAACCUACGCACUUGCAGAUGUCGAAGAUGCGCUGGAGCGUGCGCACGGUGCUCCCGUCACGGUGCACUGUCGGCAGGGAUCCCUUAGUGAAAUCUGGUACCAUUUCAACAUUGCAGGAAGCCUACAAACUGGACGAUUUGUUUCCGCACCUCCAGAUGGACAAACUUCCAACUGCCCCAGGCGAGGCAUUCGUUAUCCGCCCAAACGAUCCGCACCUGAGCCGACAAAGACUACUACUCGUGGGUCGGAACCUACGCAAACAGGGGUUCCCUUUUCAGGAAAAGGAAACCUGAUGGUAUCCACCCUUAACCAGCAACGAGGCUGUAUCAUCAGCUACGGAACCUGGUACGCAUCAGGAACAUGCGCUACUUUCCGGGUGCAGAAGGCAUCAGAUGAUUCGUUUACUCUGAAGUCUAGCAAGGGCCUCUGCGCAUUUGAAGAUGAUUCAUUGAAGUGUGACAGCCAGGUCAGCAAGCCAAGCGAGUUUACGGUUAAAGAUGACAGGCUCGCAUACCUUGGCAACACAACUUUUUACGCGGACAAGGCGCCUAAAGGUCAUGUUCAAAGCGCCGUUUUUGCUUCUGAGGCAGAGCAUCUCAUCGAAAUAGAGAUUACCUGGAAGUCGAAGGCUGGGUCCUGAUCGCAUCUUCUGCGACUAACCCUGCCUAUCACGGGCUUACAUACCAUAGCAUUAUCCCAACUAUUUUGUGACAUUAUUAGAUCCAGAGCUUGGACGGAGGUACACGUCUUAUGUUUAGCUAUAUGCAGACAAUACUCCUUAAAGAAGACCAA